AUGAACAAAUCGAAUCCUUCGGCCUCAUAUCGACCACAUCAUCACCAGAGUGAUGCGCCAGAACAGAAGAUUCAUCAAAUACGGAUAGGCGACUAUUUAAUUGACACUUGGUACAAUGCACCGUAUCCAGAAGAGUAUAGCAAACGGCCCAUAUUGUAUAUUUGUGAAUAUUGUCUCAAAUACAUCAAGAGUGAAUACACAGCGAAUCGGCAUAAGUUGAAGUGCAUGGUGAAAUAUCCACCCGGAGACGAGAUUUAUCGAGAUGGCAUUGUAUCCAUUUUCGAAGUGGAUGGCAGAAAGAACAAGAUAUACUGCCAAAAUCUGUGUUUACUGGCUAAGAUGUUCCUAGACCACAAAACUCUUUAUUACGAUGUCGAACCCUUCUUGUUCUAUAUUAUGACAGAAGUGGACUCGGAGGGAUGUCAUUUCGUAGGCUACUUUUCAAAGGAAAAACGAUCGCUUUUAGAUUAUAAUUUAUCUUGUAUCAUGACAUUACCCUCCCACCAACGAAAAGGUUACGGUAAUCUCCUUGUCGAUAUUAGUUACCUUUUAUCUCGCAAAGAAGGCAAACCAGGGUCUCCUGAAAAGCCGCUAUCGGAUCUAGGAAUGCUAAGCUACAGGGCAUACUGGAAAACGUGUAUUUUUCGCCAGUUGCUUCAAGCAAAAGAUUUUAUCAGCAUUCAAGAUUUAAGUAGCAAAACUGGUAUGACUUUCGAUGAUGUUAUUGCAACCCUCCAGCUGAAUCAUCUUUUGAGAAAGGAUGAACAUGGCCAAUAUUUUCUCGACUUUGAUGAAGCAUUGAUUAAACACCAUCUGGAUCGAGUGGACGCUAAGGGAUAUCCGUACGCACAACCAGAAAAGUUGACGUGGGCACCCUUCCUUAUUGCCAAGACAGCCUUGGGUAUGCUGAACGUGGUAAGAGACGGCUCAUCACCGACCACUGCCACAGCUCAGAAAGAAAACGAAUUACCGGCGCCAAAUAAGAAAAAGUCACCACGUCGUAAAUGA